AUGCAACUCAAUAAUGACUUUGUUGGGUUCAGAUUUGAAUACGAUAGCAAUCUUGGUAUAGAUACGCUCUAAAAUCAAAAUAAUAAAACAUAUAUAGUAUACAUAGCUUAACUUUAUUAGUCUGAUCAAAAUAACCAGGUUAGCUUUCUGUUGGAUAUAAUUGAUUGCACCAGUCCUCGUCUAAAAGGUUUUAAAUGUUUAGAUUUUUCUAAAGUAUAGAAUUACACAUUUUCUCUUAACACCUAAGACAGUUUGUAAACAUAAAUUAAUAUUUUUACAUAUGGUUGCUUAGAUUUGGACAACUUUAAAACAUCAGUUCCAGAUAAUUGUGCAAAUUAAACAGAAAUAGACAAUUUAGUUAAUGGUAUAAAUGCUGUAUUAAGGCUAAAAUUACUUACCACGCAAUUUAAUACUACUUCCAAAGAAAUCCAGGUGAACUAUAGAAAUGCUUAUGUGUAUACUGUGGCCAACUAGUCAAUUCUAUCAAGGGUUAAGACAAAAAAGUAAAUUAGCCAAGUGAAAACAGGGUUAAUAUUGUAAUCUGAAAUGAGCUUUACUUCACCUAUAGAGUAUGAUUAGUCAGAUUAAAGCUUAGAUAGAACUUAUUCUGCAGAGAGUAUUGGAUUAUCUUGUUAUAGUCAUGUCAUGAUAUAUCCAGAUGAAAUAGUUUAGCAAAUAUAAAUUCAAUUUCCAACUCUUCCUUAAGUUUUUGCAUAAGUAAACAGCAUUUUUACACUAUUAAUGCUACUAGGUAUAAUUGGAAGGGCAGUUUCCAGUCAUUCAAUAAGGAAAGAUUUUAUUAUGCUUUUCUUGAAAAAUUUGUAUCAAUCAAACUACUUGUAAAUGCUGCAUCUUUAAAAAACCUCUUAAUAAGACGAAAGAAAAAAGUAAAAUGACCCACCUUAAUAGCAUAUUUAAUAAUAACUAUUGCAAUAAUCACUCUAAGUAAAUUAAUAAUAACAAAAAUUAAUAGAACUAAGCUAAGCUUAAGAUGUAAUCAAUGAAGAAGAAGCAACAAUAAUAAAAGAUAGUGACGAAUUAAAUUAAUCUAAAUAAAUACCUUUAUUUAAUUUCAGACCAAUAUUCCAAUCUUAAAAAUAGCAAUUAUAAUAGAAUGACAGCUCUAAUAAUAUGUUUUAAAAAUAAAAUUCAAUAAUCUAAGAGAAAAAAACGAGUAGGAAGCAAGAUAAGAAGAAUUAAAAACAAAAAUCAUUUAUUAGAGAGGAUUCUUCAAAGAUCUUCAACAGUUAAAAAGAUUAAUUUAUCUAAAAAUAAAGUAUAGAUGAUAAGUAAACCUUAAUAGUUUCAGACUCAGCAUUUUCUUUAAAACACUAAUAUACUUAGUAAAAAUCUCUAUUCAGAGAUAGCAUAUUUAACCAAUCUAUAAAUUAUAAUCUAAAAGAUAUUGAUUUUGUGAAGAAUCUAAGCGAAAGUUAAUAUAAAUAACACUUAGAAGAUCUUAGCCUAAAUUUUGAUUAAAAUUAGAUCCAAUGCUUGAAAAAGUUGAAAGCUAUUCAAGACAAAGAUACUUCUAAAAAAAUUUAAAAGCUUAUGUUUAAAUUUAGAUUAUGCAAAAAAAGAAAGAAACCUGAAGAAGCAGAUGUUUUAAAUCAAAAACAGUAAUAAAAAAUUGAGAACCAAAUCAGCCAAAACCUUGACAUCUUAAAUUUCUUUGAUGAUAUGAUCUUUUUAAAGAAAGCGAUAAUGAUACUUUUAAGAAAAGAUUAAUUAGCAGCAUUAAAACUAGUUGGAUUUUCUCCAAAUAUUUUAGAAUUAGAUCUUAAAAGCAUAGAUGCAAACUCAUAAAAGAAAUAAAAUUAAUUAGGUUAUUAUGAGAUGCAAUAAGCUAUUUUACAAUCUGAAAAGCUAUAGCAGUAUUAGAUGGAAAAGUUUUUAAAAAGGUGUCAAAAUAAUCAUAAAUUGACAUAGAUAGAUUGCAGGAUCUUACAAUCAUUAAAAGCGAAUUAAAUUCUUUGA